AUGGAUCCCGCGGAGCCUGAGUGCUUCCAUAUUCGACAUAUUGGCAUCGUCGAACGGUCGGCGAGAGCUUCCUAUGUGCGUAACACGCGGACUCUAAUCAAAUCUACUUUGUGCGAGGAAUUGAUUUUAUCCUCGUCCAAAUCGAGCGUGAUGCGCCAUGAUCAUGUACUCUAUGCAUUACUUGAGCCCAAAGGAAUUCAUCGACAUAUAAUUAGCUACGAAAUAUCAAAGUAUCAUGAAAAUCAAAGAUUUUGCCCGCCCUCAGAUGUACCCUGUUGGGACUUCACCUGGAUGGCGAUCGCUGUGCAGAGCCUGGAGACCUACGAGGCCGCGCUCCAAACGACGGAGAUUCAAAGCUCAAUAAUUCUGGCGCUUAGCGAGCUGCUGCAGGCCCCAGAAGCUCAUGUGAUACAGCUACAAGAAAUUUUUGACGUCUUGCUGCAGAUGAUCGCGUUUCCUAUUGACCCUGAAUUACCCCAAGACACGGUGAUAACGCUGCACUCGAAUCGGGACUGGGCUAUACAAACUCUUUUUGACAUACCAGUGAAUCAAACUGGGGAUUUGAAUGGAAAUUUACUUCAGCUUCCGACCAUGUCUCAGUCGCUACAGCUCAUGAAAACCAAACUGUUCGUUUCGGGGCCAUGUCGACUAGCAGACGUGCAAAUGGAUUUGAACGAAUCCCUUUUAGCUGCAUGUCGAUGGGACGAUAAGAUAGUGCUUUUUGAAGUGCUUGAAAUGUGCGCUACACUUUUAGAUAACGAUGAGCAGUUCCUUCACUUUGCGGAGGCGGUGUUGACUGCAGAAACAGAGGCGUUUUCUCUAGGCACAGCCUUCCUCCAACGACUGUUCAACCGACAAUUAAUGAAGCUUAGCUCAGAUGAGCACUUAAUCCAACAAAAACGACGUCUAUUUGACGCUUUGACGAUGGAGAGUAAAAUUCGUGUGUGGGCAAAUCACAUCCCAAGCUGGCGUUCACAUUUGCAAUCAAGGAUGCUAGACGCUCAUGCGGCACCUUUUAAACCAAUCACCUCUGUGUUAUCCCCUGGAUGGCAAUUCCAAAGUUCCUCGAGUACGUAUCAAUUUGACGCAAUGGUUUCCUGUCGUCGAUACUCGCAACUGUAUGUGACAUUUGUCGAAUGGUGUCGGGAUCAUGUGGACCUUUUUUCGUCCUGUCGUGGUAUGGAGCUGGUUGGCAUGUUAUCGCAUAGCACACGCUUACAAAAUGCUGCUCAUCUUUUUCGUCGACAGCUUUUGAAUCAGAUCCCGUUAGAAAGCCACUUAAUUAACGGCUGGUCACGGAGCCAGCGAGACCAAGCUUUCGUCACGAUAGGCUGCAAUCUCAAGCGACUUCUAGCAACACGCGACGCAUCAGAUAGUGUAUGGCAGUAUGAGUGGAUCGGAUUGCUAGAACGGCCGUGGUUGUUGCAUGAAGCACUGGACGCUGCGUUUUCUGGGGAUAUUAGCAGUACAGCACGACUCCAAGGCGGCGACGAUACAUCCGUGGUGCAUAAUGCAAUACGUUUUAUCAGCUGGUACUACUCUUUCAUUACCGUAGAGUCGGCUCACGAAGUUGCCGCAUUGCUCACGACGGUAUCGUCAGAGCUGAAGGUAUCCGAUAUUCGGGGUGGAGCUGUGUGGCUUCGACGGAAUCGCGCUGAGUUUGGAAGUUUGACUAUUCUGCGGCUCCGUCUUGUUUGGUUUUGGCUCUUAAAAAGUCUGGAUAAUUAUAUGCAAACAAUCGAUGAGAAUGACACAACAGCGGCUGUGACGGAUGUGCUUGAGUCAGUCGAGUAUGUUUUUCGACGCUUCACGCCUUUGAGGACAAAGAGGCUUUUUCAAGUAGAAGUUGGGGUGCAAUUGCUUGUUGAACUCGAAUGGCGUGCUGUGAGCUCGAACAUACGGAAAAUAGAUAUUUUUCUUGAAAGAAUUGCGCCGUUGUGCGUUUGGUUAGCCAAGAUCGUGCAGUUGAUGCAACUUGAGGAGCAAAAUACGCAAUACAAAGACAAUAGAAAUCAGUUCAGCAAGCGUAAAAGCACAGCAAAUGAUGUGCAGCAUCUAAACGAAAGACUCGCGCAUUUAAUCAUGAACUUAAAUGGUCGUGCUGCUUCUUCGCAACAAACGCCAACGUAG